UAUCUCACACAGCGGAACGUUUCGCUUCUGCGGAAGGGAACAAGCGCGGAAAGGAAAGACUGCAGGAGUGCAACCCCGGACAGAUUUACCGGUAACACCAGCUGGAUACAUGUGAGUGACAGUGUUGUCGUGGAUACAGAAAGAUGCAACGGCUUUACGUUGGUGGGUUGAGCCACACAAUCACUCAGAAGGAUCUCAAAGAUCGGUUUGGGAAGUUUGGACAAGUGGAGGAUGUGGAGCUCCGGACCAGGAAGGACGACGAAGGUGUUCCUUACAAAACCUUCAGCUAUAUUAACAUCAACAUUACAGACGCCGACCUAAAGAAAUGUAUGACGGUGCUGAACAAAUCCAAAUGGAAAGGAGGAACUCUGCAGAUAGAAACGGCUAAGGAGAGUUUCCUGCACAGACUGGCUGAGGAGCGGCAGAUGGCAGAGCAGCAGCGCCUCCUGCCGCCUGCAGCAGAGGAUCAGAAGCAGAAGAUGCUGGACUCCCUGAGCAAAGCCGGCGUGGAAAACUUUACCAUGAAGGCAGCGGUGCCGGGGACAGAAGUACCAGGACACGAGGACUGGGUGGUGAGUAAAUUUGGACGCGUGCUGCCUGUGCUGCAGCUUAAGUGUCAGAAAGGCAGCCGAGCUCGAACCCUGAAGUACGACCCGUCCAAAUACAGCCACAACAUCCGCAAGCUGGACCGCCCCUCCGCAGACCAGUCCGCCUCAGACCUGCCCACCCCGGUGAGUCAGCUGACCUGGGAGCUGCAGGGGGGCGAUGACGACAUCAGCAAGAAGAGGCGCGGAGAGUUUCCCGCAUACGAGCCGCCGAAACGCAAGAAGAGCCGGACAGACGCGGUCAACUUACUGAAAGCUGAGGGCAAACCCAGACUGAAGCAGAGCGUGGACUCUGUCGCUCUCACAGAGGCUCCUCAGGUCACCAACGGGCAUAAACCCCCCAGCGCAGUCAGACCAGCUCAGAGGAAGGGGCCGCCUCUUACUCUCAGUGACAUCGAUUCAGACGACGAGAUCCACAAAAUAGUGGCAGUCCAGAGCUCCUCCCAUAAUGCACUGCAGCAGGAAGAGGACGAGGAUAAGCUGGAAGUGGUUGGACUGGAUUAUUUGGUGACGCCGGGCCGUGCUCGUCAGCAGCAGAAAGGAGGUGAUGAAGAGGAGAAUGACUACGACUCUGCAGACACAGAUGAACUGUUGGCCUCCAGGAAACCCCCUCCUCCUCGUUCUUCUUCUCCUCCUCCCCAGGAGAGACCGACCCUCACGGCAGGAAACAUCUCCGGGAACAACACAGACAGGAAGAGAAAGACCAAGAAGAAAAGUAAAGCUGAAGAGGAAGAGGACGAUUCAACAGAUGCUGAAGAACCCUCCACACAGAAGAGACAAACAAAGAAACAAAGCAAGAAGAUGAAAGUCCUCCCUGUUGUAAAACCAUCUUCCUCAGAAUCAGAAAGUGAUGAUGAUGAGGAGGAGGAGGAGUGUGAGUCCGCUGAUUCCAGUUCAGAUUCUGAUUAUGAAGCCAUGUUCUCUAACGUCACUCGUCUGGAGAUCUCCCUGGCUGAUCUGCAGAAGCUAGCUGAAGAAUUCCAGGAUACUUCUGAGACUACAGCUCCCAGCAGCCUCAGCGUCUCUGAACAAGAAACUAAGCCCCCAAAGAAGGGCACCACGCCGGAGGAGAUCCUCGCCGCCCUCAUGGAGGACGACAGCAGCGAGGAGGAGGAGCAGCAGCCGAAGAAGAAGAAAAAGAAAAGGAAAGCAGACGCUACAACCCAACUGCUGCCGGCCUUCAAGGGGACGAAGGCGCUGAACGAGGGGUCGGAAACAGAAGAGGGACAAAAGGAGGAAGAGGAGGGAGAAGGAACUGAGGUUAAAAAACUAAAGGUGGACCACAAAGCAACUAGCAGCAAAAUGAAUGGACAGAAACACACAGAAACCGAGAGCAGUGAGGAUGAGGAGGAGGAUGAGGAAGAGGAGGAAGAAGAACCAAAGAAAAAGAAGGCAGUGGUGAAGAACAUGGCUGAGAAAGCUGAAUCAGUUUCCUCCUCCAGCAGUGAUGAGGAGGAGGAGGAGGAGGAAGAACAGGAGAACAAGGGGAAGGUGUUCAAGACCAUGGCUAAAAAAGCUCAGAAAGAGUCCUCCUUUAGCAGCGAUGAAGAUGAAGAGGAAGAGGAAGUGCCAAAGGCAAAUCAGAAUGUUCUUCCAUCUAAAGCUGCAGCAGCUUCAUCCUCCAGCUCCUCCUCUGAAGAAGACGAGGACGAGAUCCUCCCUGCUAAAGAUGCAGUGAAAGCAGCACCUCCCCCUGCUCCUCACAGUGAGUCCUCCUCCAGCGAGGAAGAGGAGGAGGAGGAGGAGAAGCAGGCUCCUCUCCGUGUCCCGUUAGGAGCUAAGGAGGAAGAGGAGCGCCAGAGGAAGGCCAACAUAAGGAGGCUGGCAGCUGUCCAGCAGAGGCAGAAAGAGACGGAGGAGAACAAGAAGCUGAUCCAGGGAGCGCUGGCCAACCUGGAUGCUCCAGCAGCAGGAGCUGGGAAACACAUCGUCUUCGGCUCUGAUGAUGAGGAUGAUGAGGAGGCUGACAGUGAUGAUGAGCAGCAGACAACUUCAGAGAUCAAAACGCCAAAGAAGACGCUGUUCCAGGACAGCCAAUCAGAGGACGAGGCACCAGGUCAUAAGAACACCUCAACAAAAGAAAAGCUGUCGGGAACUCACCUGUUUGGCAGCAGUGAGGAAGAGGAGGAUGCUGAUGAAGAGGAGGAUGGCAGCAGGUUUGACAUCAGGCCUGAGUUUGAAGGUCGAGCAGGACACAAGCUGAUGGAGCUGCAGUCCCGCUUCGGGAAAGACGAGCGCUUCAAGAUGGACUCUCGCUUCCUGGAGCAGAAUGAGGACAAAGAGGAGGAGUCAGAGAAGAAAAAGAGCGGGACCGAGGAAGAGGAGGCGCUGGAGGAGGAGAGGAAGAAGAGCCUGUCCAUCCUGCAGAGCGUCCUCGGCAUCAGCCAGCACACCUCCAGCAGCAGCAAGGCCACCAGCAAGGCCAAAACCUUCAGAGAUGUGUCAGCGCUGCACUACGACCCCAGCAGAGAGGAACACGCUGCGUUUGAGACCAAGACAGAGGAAACCAAGAAAGAGAGUAAGGCAGCCAGGAGGAAGAAGAGGGAGGAAGCUCAGAAACUCCCGGAGGUUUCUAAAGAGAUUUACUACGAUGUGUCCGGUGACCUGAAGGCCGUGUUCGGUCUUACAAAGGAGGAGGAGGAGGAGGACGCUGUUGCUGUUGCAGAAAAAGAGGAGACAAACUGGGACCAAGAGGAAGAAAAGAAAAAAGAGCAGGAGGAGGCAGGAGAACAGGUUGAACAGCCGAGCCUGGAGUCUUCCCUCCCGUCAGCUGAGAAAGAGGAGGCGUCAGGAUUUAAGUUCUCUUUCUUCGGAGACGACGUAGAAACAGGAAGUGGAGAGACAGCUGAGUACAAGAUAGAGAGCAUCCAGGCGCCAAAGCUGUCAUGGCAACAAGACCCACGUUUCCAUGACAGCAGCUCAGAUGAGGAGGAGGAGAAGGGGCAGGAGGAAGAAGAGAAGACGCAAAGCAACGUCAUCGCCAAAAUAGAGGAGACUCCAACAAAGACCGGCCUUUUCUUCUUCUACCCUGAAGACAGCAGGCUGACCGAGGGUCCCAAGUUGUUCUGCCGCUCCUCUCAGCUGGAGGAGCAGAAGGAGCAGUGGGAGGAGAGGAGGACUGAGCUCAGACAGGAGUAUCGCAAGAAACACAAGGAUGCCCGGAGGAAGCUGAAGACCUCUGUAAAAAGCUGAGGAUUAUGGGAGGUGAAGUCUCAUUGUUUGGGUUUCCGCUCACUGGUAUGGACUUUAGAAAUAUUCAUCUCCUUUGUGCCGUUUCGUGCCCCAGACUGGUUUCCACAGUCAGCAGGAGAGACACCCACUGGGAAAGUUCAAGAUCAUCUAUUACUUUUUAAACUGGGAAGUACUUCCUCUUGGUCCGUCUGGUUUUGUUUUCUUGUUGGUUUACUGCUGCAAAUAACCUUGUGGACAAUCAGCAGAAUGAGCCAAUCACAACUGCAGAGGACCAAACCUGUUCAUACAAAUGGUUCAAAUGCAUAAAGAAGAGUUUAUUCAAACUUUAAUAAAAAACAAUUGUGCAAAAAUG